UCUAAAAUACAUAAAUUCUAAUACAGAGACUUACAUUACAACAAAUCCACUUUUAAUAUAAAAAUUUAUAUUGGAGAUUUUUAAUAUAAAAUCUAUAUAUAUAUAUAAGAAGAAGAAAAAAGCAUGAAAGAAGCAAAAAUGGUUUCAUAUUCAUCAUCUUCUUCUUCAUCUGAAAUCAAGAUUAUCUCAGAAUGCUUCAUCAAACCCAAAGCCCUCCCUGAAAAAUCAAAUGAGCCAUACCAUUUAUCACCACUAGACCAUCUGAUGCUCUCCUUCCAAUACAUCCAAAAGGGUCUUCUCUUUCUCAAACCAUCAACACCAUCUGAUGAUGCAACCAAACCAAAAGACUUCAUGGAGACUUUGCUGAAAAGGCUAAAAGACUCUCUAGCAACAACACUUGUCCACUUCUACCCUCUCGCAGGUCGUCUCUCGACCUUGAACACAGACAAUCCAAGAUCUUACUCGGUGUUUGUGGAUUGUAACAAAGGUCCUGGAGCUGGAUUUAUCCAUGCCAAAUCAGAACUAACUGUAGCAGACAUGGUUGGGUCCAACUACGUUCCUUUGGUUGUUCAAUCUUUCUUUGACCAUCACAAAGCAGUCGAUGUCGAUGGUCAAACCUUAAGUGUCUUCUCGGUCAAGGUAACAGAGCUGGUGGAUGGAGUGUUCAUAGGAUUGUCUAUGAAUCAUUCAGUUGGGGAUGGAAGUACCUUCUGGAACUUUUUCAACUCUUUGUCAGAGAUCUUCAACUCACAACAAGAAGAUGAAACCAAGGAUUUGUUCUGUCUCAAGAAUCCUCCAAUCUUUCGUGAAGAGUCUGGUCCUAUGUGCAGGCUUCCUUACAGUCCACUUGAUGCGUCCAUUACUCUAUCCGAAACUCCGGUUUUGAAAGAGAGAAUGUUCCAUUUCUCAUCAGAAACACUGAGAUCACUGAAGUCAAAGGCCAAUAAAGAUUGUGGAGAAACAACAAUGAUCUCUUCGUUGCAGUCACUAACCGCAUUUAUAUGGAGAAGCAUUACAAGAGCAAGGAGCUUAUCAAAUGAUCAAGAAACCACUUGCAGGUUUGCUGUAGGAACUAGAACAAGAACGGAUCCACCAUUGCCGACGAAUCACUUUGGGGUUUACACCUCUCUUGCAAGCACCACUGCCAAAACAGGCGACCUGUUGGAGAAUGGGUUGGGAUGGGCUGCUUCAAAGCUGCACCAAGCUGUAACCGAACAAAAUGGAGAGAAGAUAGCUUCCGAACUUGAUCAUUGGUUGAAGGCUCCUUUUGUUUUGCAACCAGAUCAGCUUUCGGAACCGAACCUUGUUCACAUGGGAAGCUCACCGAGGUUUGACAAGUACGGAAGCGAGUUUGGGAUGGGGAAAGCUGUUGCGGUUAGAAGCGGUUAUAACAGCAAGCAUGACGGGAAGGUGUCAGCUUACCCUGGGAGAGAAGGAGGAGGAAGCAUAGAUUUGGAAGUCUGUCUUUUGCCAGAGUUUAUGGAAGCUCUGGAAUCAGAUCAAGAGUUCAUGUCUCUUGUCUCUUCUUCCCAGAACUAAGGUUUUCUCCUAGUUGUGUGGUUCUUUGUUCCUGUUACACCCUCUUUGGUUGGUUUGAUUUUAUUUUUUGUUAGUUAUAUAUGAUGAACUACUGUGUGUGGUUGUUAACGUCAGAGGAUUCUGCAGUUGUUGAAGUCAAAUGUUUCAAUUGUUUAUUAA